AUGGAUACAUGCACCCAAUCCGCGUACGCGGACCCCAUCAACACCUCGUCGAGCAUGCCCCAGCCCGCGCCACAGCUGGCGCUGCUCGACUUUUUCUUCCCGGGUUUCAGCGUCUUCACGACCGCCUUCCAGAAGUACCUCGGCAUCGACCUUAACGUCUAUAUCCCCCUCGUUAUCCUCUGCGGCGGCGCGACCUUUGCCUGGCGCUACUUCAGCGAGUACCUAUGGGAAAAGGUCGAGAAGCACCUCAUGUCCACCGUCGAGGUCCGCACCGACGACGAGAUCUAUAACAUCCUCAUGUCCUGGGUCGCCGCCCAGCGCUUCGCCAAGAACUCGCGUCGCUUCGUUGUCAACACUAACCUGAGCUCGCGCUCCUGGUUUCUCUGGCGCUGGGACGACGACGAGGAGGAGAAUGACGACGUUUCCACUGACGGAUCCUCGUCCGAGUUCGGCCAGAAGAAGAAGCCUCUCGCCUACACGCCCAGCUUUGGUAGCCACUCCUUCUGGUACCGCGGUCACCUGCUGCUUUUCAAGAGGAGCCAGAACCGCGAGCAGGCCUCCUACCUUGUUGUUAGCGAGCGCGAGGAGAUCAGCCUCUCGUGCUUCGGCCGCAACCCCUGGAUUCUCAAGGAGCUCCUCCAGGAGGCCCGGGGCGAAUACCAGAAGAAGGAUUCCCAGAAGACCAUGAUCUACCGCGGCAGCACGCGCGCAGGUUCCACCGAGCCCACGUGGCAGCGCUGCAUGGCGCGGACGUCCCGGCCCUUCUCGACCGUCAUUCUGAACGAAAAGACAAAGAAGGAGCUUGUGGAAGAUGUCGCCGACUACCUCUCCCCCGCGACUCGUAAGUGGUAUUCGAACCGCGGCAUCCCCUGGAGGCGCGGCUACCUUCUUACCGGCCCCCCCGGAACCGGCAAGUCUUCGCUGUCGCUUGCUCUGGCCGGCUUCUUCAAGAUGAGGAUUUACAUCGUGAGCCUGAGUUCCAUCUCGGCCAACGAGGAGAACCUUGCCACCCUUUUCGCCGAGCUGCCGCGGCGAUGUGUAGUUCUCCUUGAGGACAUUGACACUGCCGGCCUCACGCACACGAGAGAGGACACUGGCAUGACCAACACCACCGAGCACAAGGACGGAAGUGGAGACAUGGUUCCUGGACAGCUGACUCCCGGCAACCCCCCUAACCAGCCCAGCGGCCGCCUUUCCCUCUCCGGUCUGCUCAACAUACUCGACGGUGUAGCCAGCCAGGAGGGUCGCGUUCUCAUCAUGACGACGAACCACGUCGAGAAGCUCGACAAGGCCCUCAUCCGCCCCGGCCGAGUCGACCAGAUCGUCAAGUUUACCCUCGCCGACGCAGCCGGGCAAAUCUCUGACCCCGAGGCCGAGGCGACGCUUGCCGCGCAGGCUGCUAAGCGCACCGCUGACAUCGUGGCCAACAUCGAGACCCUCUCCGAGGCGUUCGUCGCCAAGAUUCCCGCGCACGAGUUCAGCCCUGCCGAGAUCCAGGGGUACCUGAUGAAGCACAAGCGUAGCGCCGAGGCGGCAGUCGCUGGCGCCGAGGAAUGGGUCACGGAGACGCGCAAGGAGAAGAAGGACAAGGAGCUCAAGGCCGCCGAGGAGAAGCGGCAAGCCGAAGCCAAGAAGAAGGAGGAGGAGGAGAAGAAGCGCAAGGAGGAGGCUGAGGAAAAGAAGAAGGAGGAGAAGGAGAAGCGGAAGGAGGAGAGGAAGAAGAAGCGCAAGAGCGAGAAGAAGAGCAGGCGCAACAAGGAGGCGUCGAGCUCUUCUGGUUCGUCCGACUCCGAUUCCGACUCAGGGUCUGAGUCGGAAGCCCCUGUCGAGGUGGCGGCGACGGUGACGGCGGCGGAGGAGAAGGAGAGCAGCCCGGUGAUCUCGGAGGUUAAAGCCGAGAACGGGGCCGACAACGCCAACCGAAAGCGAGACUCCGGGUACGGAACUCCAGUGGAGGUUUGA